CCAUGGUCACCUCACUUGUCUCCUAGAGCUCAAAGUAUUAUCAACACAUCAUCAGCACUACCAACAGCAACAACAUAACACAGCAGAGAAACACUUGAAGAAUAACUUCAGCAAAUCUUAAGACGAUGUAUCACAGAAGCAAGCUAACAAUUGACACCUCAGGGAGCUCCACCAGGGAUGUGAUCCCAACUGCAGGCUGCGACAAGGAAGCAGCAGCCAGCACUGAUGGGGGCCUUACAAGUCUCCUGAUUGAUGAGAUUCCUGGGUACCUUACCCCGCCACCUACCCCAGUGACACCUGGCCUGCCAUUGACCAUCACAGCAAUCCUAGAGGAUGACUUUAAGCCAAACAUCCAGGAUGUUCACCAAGGAGAUGCUCAACAUGAAGACAGAGUUGCUGAUCUUGGUACCACAGGCUGGGACGGUGAUGCUGCUACUGCCUUGGGACUUGCUGCUGUCGUGUCUUCAUCUACAAAUGAUGCAUCUGCUAUUAAUUUGGAUAACCCCGCCUCUACUGAUAUUCCCCCACUUGCUGUUUCAACUGCUGCAUCAGCUUCCCCUGCUGUGACACAAGUGACAAGUCGGCCCCUUGCUAGGGGGCAUCGAAGAGGACACCUGACUGCAACAGUGAAGCAAGAACUAGAACGUGCUUACAGGUUCAGCCCUUACCCUAGUCCUGCCAUCAGACAGAAGCUGAGCAGCAUUACCAAGAUGACAGACAAUAGCAUACAGAAAUGGUUCUCACGACGUAGACAGACCUCGACACAACAGCGCAACCAGAUUCUCCUAGAUAACCUGCCAAUAGUUCUCUCUCCAUCGGAGAGGAAUGCCAUCUAU